UAAAAGUCCAAAUUUGAAGGAACAGCUAUUUCUCAAGAAAGCAGUAAUAUCACUGAUGAAUUGGAAGCAACAAAGGCAUUCCCAAUGGAGAAUCAGAAUACUAAAAAGGUACUUUCUGAGUGUUCUAAUACUCAAUGCAACUUGUAUUUGGGAUGUGGAAACUCGAUCAAUAGUAUGAAGAAGAUGGACUAUCUCAUCACAAGAGGGUCAUCAGAUGCUCCAGCAGCAAAUAUCAUCUCUGAGAGCUUGAACAGUGUGGGAAGCACACUGAUAAACCAUCAGUCUAGCACCAUGAAUGAUACAAGUGAUUGGACAACUGCCAGGAGAAAAUCAGAAGUGAAAACAAACGUUGAAAUUGCAAACAGCCAAGUUAUACCAUCUAGAGACUUUUCUGACUGCACUGCAGCUGAUUAUGGAAUUACACCAGAGUUUUUUACAAAACAAUGUAAAGAGGAAUCCAAGAAUAUAUUGAAAAAACUUAGACGACGGUCUGCGAUUGGAGCACGAGGUUCUCCGGAAAAUGAGUCUCUCAUCCGAUAUAUUGCUCAGCAAAGGAGAAUGAGGAUGCAAGAAACUGUGUUGCAAUCCAGUCCUUUUCAACAUCGGAACACAUUGCUGAAGGACAAAAUAGCUGCCUUCCAAUCCUCAUUUAAACCACUUGAAGAAACUGAAGAAAAAGCACUCCAUAUUCAGACAGCUUCAAACACAAGACUGCAUGAGCAAUCAAAGCUGAGCCAGGUAUGGUCACUGGAGGAUAAGAGUAAUGCUUUUGAAGAAAACCUAAAUAAUAAAUUUAUGAAUGGAGAUGAUAUUUCAGCUGAUAUCCAGAUGCACAGUACCAGAUUUCCAUCAUGGGAACCCUUUCUGUCUGGCACAAAUGUUGUGUCUAAGGCCAUUCUGCUCUCACCGGCAAAUGCUGUGGAAUCCACAAGUGUGUCUUUGGUAGCUUCUCCAAGUAUGGGCAUAUCAAAGAGUGAAUGUGGUGCCCAGUCUACAAACAAAGAAUUAAGCAGAAAUGGUACGUCUCAAGACAGCCGUAAGAAAGUUCGGUUUUCAGAAAAGCAGAGCCUGGAAAUCUUUGAUGAGAGCAAACCACCCAUUACCCCUGUGGACAAAGGUCAUUUAUUUUCCAAUUCCCUUCGUUCUGUUCUAAAGAAAGCACCAGUCAAAAUCUCACCAGAAGGCUUGAAGGAUCUUCAAGGAUCAUCGGAAGAAGUAGCCACUCCAAUAUUUCCUGGGACCUCCUACCUCAAAGAAACAAAAAAUAAUUCUCCUGACCAUCAGGCUCCUUUGAUUAGAACCACUCGGACUUCUGCUAAAAGGAAGUGUGUUGCGAAAGCAGAAGAAAAAAAUCUUGCAACCAAAACUGAAGCCAAGAAUCAGCCCGGCAAAUUCCAGAAAGCCAAAACUUCAACCAAACCUAAAAAGGCCCCAGCUUCCCAACAAGGGAAAAAGAGGAAGGGGAAGAAGAAGGAGCAGAAAGCAUUGUACGGGCAGCGAGAGACCGUUUCGAAGAAACCUCUCUUGAGUCCGAUCCUUGAGGCAACAGAAGAUGCCUCCUUUUUUUCCUCUUACCCAAACACACCAACAUUAGAAGCUUCUACCUCAGAUGAUUCUUUAAGUGACCUGCCUGCCAAAUUUAUCAAUGAAAUUGCUGAAGACAAAAAGAGCCCACUGCAUGCUAUAAAAGAGGACAGCCACUGUCAGCAUUCCAGCCUGGAUCUUCGGGAAGAAGAUAGCAUACCUAGUUCUUUCUUGCAGCUUCAAGACCUCACUCUGAACAAUAGAAAACAAUUGCUUCCUGGAUACUUGCCUGAAAAGAACCCUCCUGGGAAAUUGAAGAGUUCUUUAAAUGGAAAUGAACAGGUGGUAGGAAGUGACUGUCUGUCAAGUGGGGCAGAAGUGCAGCUGGCGGAGUUGCUGAACAUGUGUGGAACUAGUAAAAAUAUCAAGGCUAAAGGAGCUUCAUUUUUCACUGUAGAUUUUGAGGCAGAGCUAAUGAGUGAAAGCAAUCAGGUGAACUUUGAAAGGAUCCCAAGAAACAGCAGAAGAUUGACUGGAGACUUUCUGAAUACUGAGGACCUUCAGUCCCAAAGUCCUGGAAACGGUGCUGGUGUUCCUGGAGGAAAUCUGGGAGGCUUGCCACCUUGCUCUUUGACAGCAGAUGACACUGCACUUUUAAACCAUUUAUGCUCUAUUGAGGAAAAGAGUGCAACGAAAAAAGUGAGACGCAGCAUGAGGGGGCGGAAAGAUGCAGAAAGUGAGGGCCUUGCGUGGAUUCAGAUCCCUGCUGAUGAUUUCCUAGGCCAAGUUCCUCUGGAAUCUGGCUGCAAAGUCCAAAGAAGGCUGUCCUCUUCUGGUCCUCAAGAAUCAACGCAUGCUGUGAUUAGCCCUUCUGGAUCAAGAAGAAGAAGGAGCUUUUGCGUAUUGGGUGCUGGAAAAGAUCAAAGUGUUGCCUUCCACAUUCAGAGGAAUAGAAGAGCCAGUCUGGGUUACAAAAGUGACCGCUGCCAUCGAAAGACUUCUGAAAUGAAAAAGUUCUUGAAGAAUCAACCUACUCUUUAAACUAAGAUUGAUGCUGUCUGAAGGGUGAAUGUGAAGGAUUUUGCUUCCGCCAUUCAAGUUAUGCAGAGCUUUUAAAUGUCAUUCAUAUGUGUGUUUUUUUUCAUGUGUAGACCUUUGACUUCUUCCCUUUCCAUUUUUUUUCCAAAAGGAAAUUGAGAGAAGGAGUGGGUGAACUAAAAACAAAAAUGGAGAAAGGAAGGCCAAUAAAAUGGGUUCUACUCAGAAGUAAUUGGAAAUUCAUGAUUGCAUCUAGCUGUCAAGGCUGACCCUCUGAAGGUUGGGUGGUUCUAAUCACCCACUGCUCAAUGGGGUUCUGCCAGAAAUGUGGAUAAGACCAAGCACGUAUCACUAGAAAAGGGUCUUCAAACGUUUUGGACCAUGGGCAUCAUUAAAGUCCUAAAAGAACAUCUUGGGUGCUACACCUUUGGGUGGCAGACAGGGGCAGUCACAAAGUGUUUUGUCUUCCUCCCUCCUUUCUCAAGGAGUGCUGCUGUGCAUGAGUUUUAUGCAUCUGCGUGACACGGGUGUUUCUAACACUUAUGCAUAUCACCAUGCUGG